UAUUGAUUUUGCAUAUGAUAUGCUCGAGAGGACAGGCGUUAUGUUGUAUUUGGUCAGUCCGACCAUCUAUAAGGAUGUGCAUCGCGUCCCUAAUUUCAUGCAUAGAGCCUGGCCUCACUUGAUAUAUCUAUUGGCCAUAGAAUUGGUUAUUAGAUAUUUGCAGAAACGGACACCAAUUCAUUACAAUGAGGUUAUUAUGCAUUCCGGAGCCCUAAUGUUUGCAUUUAUAUUUAGAUAUUUUCAAUACUCGGCAAUGCUUUAUGUGUUUGAAUACAUAUACGAAAAUUAUCGGAUAAUAAGCCUUCCGAACGAUUGGAGAGUUUGGUUCAUAUCCUUACUAUUGAUGGAAAUGAUGUUUUAUUGCGCGCACAGACUCUUACAUGAAGUGAAUUUCUUGUGGGCCAGUCAUCAGUAUCAUCACAGCUCUAAACACUUUAAUAUCGGAACCGCUGUUAGACUUUCUUGGUUUGAGUUAAAUAUAAUCUAUUCUUAUUUUAUUUUAUGCUUUUCCACCGAAACUGUGAUUCAAUUAAAUUGCAAACAGUAUUACACAUCACUUCUGGCGAUUGCGAUUCCGCCGCCAAUUAUGAUAACACACAUGCAAUACAUGUUUCUAUACCAGGCGUGGCUCCACACCGACACUGUUCCCAAACUGGGAUUUCUCGAGUAUAUCUUCAAUACUCCCAGUCAUCAUAGAGUACAUCACGCGAGAAACAGGUCUUAUAUCGAUAAGAAUUUUGGCGCUUAUCUCAUAAUAUUUGAUCGACUUUUUGGCACUUAUGCCGAAGAGAAAGAGACGCCUGUCUAUGGAAUCACUACUAGAGUUAGGGGACAUAAUAUAAUACACCAACAAAUCUAUUAUUACACUUUAAUUAAUCGUAAAAUAAAUAAAUCAAAUAAAAUUAAGCAUAAAUUGUUGGCCAUAUUUGCCGGGCCGGGAUGGAGACCAGGGGCUCCUCGACUCGGCUUCAAACAUGAAAUACCAGAUACAAUAGAAGAAGAAUUACCACGAUUAGAGUUACCUCUAUGGCAAGUGGCUUACACUACAUUCACAUGUGUUAUAACUCUCAUUGGAUUCUAUCUCUUUGCAAAUCACUCGCAAGUGUUUAGUUCUUCAAACAAAUUACUUUUUGAACGAACCGAUGAUUUCUGUCCUCUUCCGCAGACCGUAUUCUGCCAUCAGUUGGACGACUCGCUUCAGUUCGUAUCUGACGGCCAUAUCGUAAGUGGAUAUCAAGUCUUUGGGCGCCAAUACGACAUCAGUUGUGGCCAACAAUGUCUCCAAUCGGUCCAACGAUACGGCGAAGAGUUCGUGAAUGGCGUACCUCUUGGAGAGCGCCACCACUCCCACCAAUGUCUGCACGAGAUCGUCGUCCAAACAGAUCUCAUUGGUGUAGAUACCAACAUCACUCGUAAGGCUUCGGGAACAGUGUUGACAAUCUCCAACUCGACAAACAAAGGCUUCUCCACAAACAUACGCCACAAGACAUCGCUUUUGGAUCCGAUGAUCACUUUGUGGGCAGCGAACCGC